CUGACAGUUCUUUUAUUUAUAUACAGCACGCGUGCUGGUUUGGUGUUAGGAAGUCGACACCAAUUUUCAAUAAUUUUCCUCAAAAUCGACACACAAUGCGGAUAGAAACGUGCUACUUUUGUUCCAGCAAAAUUUUUCCGGGUCACGGAAUGGUUUUCGUGAGAAACGACUGUAAGGUGUUUAGAUUCUGUCGUUCCAAAUGCAGACGGGCAUUCAACAAGAAAAAGAACCCGAGGAAAACCCGCUGGACCAAAGCCUACAGAAAGACACACGGCAAGGAGCUCACGAUCGAUCCGGCCUUUGAGUUCGAGAAGCGUCGAAACGUUCCCGUCAAGUACAACCGUGAACUGUGGACCAAAGCGAUCGAUGCGAUUAAGAAGAUCACCGAAAUCAAGGAACGUCGCGAGAGGCACUUUGUCAUGGAGCGUCUGCGUAAGGCUCGCGACCACGAAAUUCACAAUGACAUUGUGGACGUGCAGAAAAAUAUCGCCCUAAUCAGAUCACCCGCCAUUGGGCUGAAAGAACGUCGAGCCCGGGAGAAGGCACAGGAAAGUGCCCUGCUCAUGGAUGUGGAGGACGAGGAGGAGAUCGAAUAUGUCGACGCGCGCCAACUGGAGAAGCAACUGGAAGAAUCCUCCGCCCAGCUGGAGGAGGAUGCCGAAAUGAUGAAGGCUUGAGUGGUGGAUUAGUUGUGAUAGGGAUCGAUUUGUAUGUUUAGGAUAAGGGAUGUUACACAUAUCUGAAGGCUGCGUGUGUAAUAAACUCUGGAAAAUGAA